AUGACAAUUGCUCUUUCAGGAUAUUCACUUCGCUUGCUGUGGCAGAACCUGAGCGCUUGUGAAACUAACUGCGAGAAAAUUAAUGAAGACCCUCCGAUUCUUAUGAAGUCGUCUCCACAUGCACAUUCCCAUGGAGUCCGUUCUAUCACCUUCGUUCUUGCGUUGUCAAUUCAUUCAGUUAUCGAAGGCGUCGCACUUGGUGUAGGGGAUAACGCAUCGGAAACCACGGCAUUAUUUCUGUCUCUUCUCGUGCACAAAUUGAUAGUUGCUUUCUCAGUUGGUCUACAAUUGGCUCGCACACAUGCGCACCAACUACAAUGGGUAGUAGCAUCGGUUUUCACGCUAGCUCUGAUGUCGCCCCUUGGAGCUGUGAUAGGAAUGGCUGUACAGUCUGCAGCUGAGAAUAGCUUCGCAAAAGAUGUUGCCAUAACAAUUCUUCAAGGACUGGCAGUCGGCACUUUCCUCUACGUCACCUUUUUUGAGGUUCUUCUACACGAAAGAGACAAUGAACAUCCAAAUUUGCUGAAAUUGCUUGUCAUGUUGGUUGGAUUCUCCUCUUAUUGCGAACUCUCGUCUGAUUGA